AUGCAGACAGGUCAGGACAAAAUGUACGGUGCUUCCAUUUCUUACGUCGAUUACGCAUCCAUUGAAUCCCUGACGUCGGCACUUCGAGGGGCCCACACUCUCAUCUCCGUAUUCAAGGUCAUCGAUCCCUCUGCCAUGAUCUCACAGCAUUCCAAUCUCUUGAAAGCAUGCAUCGCUGCGAAUGUCUCUCGUUUUGCACCGUCCGACUGGUCCAUGGGUCCAUCCUCUCAUUUCAAGGUCGACCUUUUAGUUCACAAGGAUAUGCUGUGGCAGGUCUGUGAAGAAAUUAGUGCCCAAAAUGGAGUCGAGUGUGCUACGUUUCAGAACGGCAUGUUCAUGAACUAUUUGGCGCAGGGCAAAACAUACUCCGGAACCGAUCGGAAAGAGGAGGAAUUUGCUCUCAGUGGCCUGGUGGACGACCUCAUGCUUGAAUACGUCGACAUUCGGAAAGGCAAACUGGUGAUUCCCUUGGACGAUGUCGGACAACCUAGCAAGAUAUCCAUGACACAUAUUGGAGAUAUCGGCAAGUUUGUUGCUGCUGCAGUCGAGCUUCCACCGGGCCAAUGGAAAGGUCAACUUGGGAUGGCAGGCGAUACUUGUACUCUGGAGGAUGUCCUCAACCUUGUUCGCGACAAAGGCAUUCAGCUCCACCAUGAGACCCUCACCACACAGCAAUGCGAUGAGAAAAUUCGAGAUUUUGAUCAACAGCUGGCAAAGGGAUUCAGCAUCGAUGCGCUCAAAGGCAAGAUGGUCGCGCAGAUGAUGAAGGUAUCAUGCGAAGGGCAAGUUGAUGGGGCGAUCAUCAGACCGACACUGAACGAGCUGUGUCCCCAGGUCCAGCCCGUCAGUGCACGAGAGUUUAUUGAUAGAGUUUUCUGA